UUUGUUUCAUCUUCAUUCAACCACUGAUAAACAGCUUGCUCAGUGACAGCUUUUGCUGCCUUUGUUAAAUUCUCAAUGAACUUACCUCUCUUUCAUUUGCCGCAGACAGCCAACUGUUGCCUGGGAAUAACUUCACGAAUGAAUGCAACAUUCCUGGAAACUUCAUGUGCAGUAAUGGACGCUGUAUCCCAGGGGCCUGGCAGUGUGAUGGGCUGCCAGACUGCUUUGAUGACAGUGAUGAGAAGGAAUGCCCGAAAGCCAAAUCCAAAUGUGGUGCCACGUUCUUCCCGUGCGCCAGCGGGAUCCACUGCAUCAUUGGCCGCUUCCGGUGCAACGGCUUCGAGGACUGUCCCGACGGCAGCGAUGAGGAGAACUGCACAGCAAAUCCAUUGCUUUGCUCUACUGCCCGAUUCCACUGUAAAAAUGGUCUUUGCAUUGAUAAAAGCUUUGUGUGCGACAGUCAAAAUAACUGCCAAGACAACAGUGAUGAGGAAAGCUGCGAAAGCCCUCCAGAGGUAGGGAGCGGCCAAGAUUACGUGACCUCCGAAAAUCAGCUGCUUUACUACCCGAGUAUCACCUACGCCAUCAUCGGCAGCUCCGUCAUUUUCGUCCUCGUGGUGGCCUUCCUGGCCUUAGUGCUGCACCACCAGCGCAAGCGCAACAAUCUGAUGACACUGCCGGUGCAUCGCCUGCAGCACCCCGUGCUGCUGUCCCGCCUGGUGGUCCUCGACCACCCGCACCACUGCAGCGUCACCUACAACGUCAACAACGGCAUCCAGUACGUGGCCAGCCAGCCCUACCACAGGCCAGGGGACCUGGACUCCCCGCCCUCCUAUUCAGAGGCCGUGCUGGACCAAAGCAGACCACCUUGGUUUGACCUUCCUCCACCACCUUAUUGUUCCGAAUCUGAAUCCCCUAAUCAGCCAGACCUUCCUCCUUACCGCUCUCGGUCAGGAAGCUUGGCCAGCACAGACACCCCCCUGGCAGAAAGUCCUGUGGGCACAUCUGACAGCUGGACAAGAGAUGUCCAUGGCAGCAUGGAUGGGCUGAACAGAACUCUUCUGGAGAGGACAGUAGAUCAGAGUGAUCCUCUGGUCAGCCACAUUGCUGAAAGAGAAGUGUAACUGCUCCAGUUGGCACAGCCAGACGGCAUUUACUGUGUCUGUGUGGGUUAUUCUGCUGUGGCUAAUAGGUUUCAGGGGCACAUGUGCCUGAAUGCUGACUUGCUUUGAAUUCACACUGAGUUAAUAUAUGAAGUCAACAUUUUUGGCUCAUCAAAGGCAGAGCAAGAAGAGCUAAACCUAGAGUCACAUCAGCUCUCCACAGUAUUUCUGUGAGCAAGUUCUGGUUCAGACAAGUAAGAGAAACAUCAGUGCUUUGUCAAAAGACCUGAUGUGAUGUAUUUAUUGGAUUGCUUACUGUAUAUGAAUGUAUAUAUGUGUGUGUAUAAUAGUUACAGAAGUUGCACGCGAAAACUCUGCCAGAAGGACUCUUGUUUUCAGACUGCCUUCCAUCCUGUCCACGUGGGAGCUGUUUCUUCUUACUGUCUGGUGCCAGCUGGUGGUCACUGAAGCACAUGAGAGGCAGUCAUUCUGCUUGGAGGUCUGGUCCCCAAUGCCAGCCGCCUGGCAGAGCCCAAACUGCAGAAGAUCUCCCACUUGACCCAUCUCUGCGUGGCCUGUGAAGGAGGUUUAAGUUUGUGAGGAUGCAACAACUCUAACCAAGCAAGGUUUUUUGUUCCCAGAUGCCAGUAUCUAGGCCAAAUUUGCAUGGGUUGUCUCAGAAGCACACAAAGGUUGGCUUGUCUGUCAAAGUGGAGGCUGAGUACAGAGGCACUGAAGCUUCUCAGAAACAACAGAGCAAGAACAGAGUUUCUUUUCCUGUAUAACAUAACAUUACUCUAUGUGUUCUCUCUUAAAAAAACCCCACAACUAAAUAACAAAACAAACCCCAAAAUUGUUCCAGCAAAAUCUUCAACACCAAAACUGGUGUGAGGCAAAUACCCAUCACAGAAAGCUUUAAUGUCAAUGAGUAGUUUGUUAUGUUUAUAAAAUACCUGAGCGCAGGUCAUGCAGUGAAAGGUGUUGGGCUUGGCAUCCCAUCUACAGCAUGUAUUGUGUACAUGCAUGGAUACAAAUGUGUAAUCCUGUGUGUAGAUAUGUACAUAGUUAUCACUUGGGCUUAGUUCUGCUACACCACAAGAACUCUAUAAACUGUCACAGUUUUAUUUUUUAUAAACUCAUUGCUUUUCACAGAGUUUGCAUUACUCACAUUCAUUUGGUUGAAAUUCUAACUUCUGCAGAAAACCAGAAUUAUUUAGGUCUGUUCUGUUCUAAGUCUUGUAAUGGUCUCCUGUCAAAUGGGUUUCAGUGCACCUUGUUGAAUCACCAUGUGAGAUCACCUCCAAGGUAAAGGUAUUUAGAGUGGCAAGAGGGAAGAAGCUGUGAAUUUAAAUGCCACUGCAGUGCCAUUCUUGUGCUCAGCAUUGUCUUCCUCUUGUCUGGGGGGAAAUUUGCCCUGAAAAUUUAUUAAUAUUUGUCUGUCUCACAUUUCCCACUCUUUCUAUGUAGAAGAACAGUGUCAUUAAACAGACCUUGCUGUUUAAAGGAAGUGAAGCUGACUUCCCACACCUUCUGCUUUCUUCCGCCCCAUCUUUGUAAGGUAGAUUCUUUUGCCCGAAGAUUAUAUGCUCAGAACCCAAGAAUUUGGAGUGUAGGUAAGGGAACAACUCAAGUUCAGUCUCAGUUCUCAUGAACGCACCUGAAAUUCUUGGGAGGGGGUUAGGGUAUUGUUUUUUGGGUUGGCUUUUUUUUUCUUUUAUUUCCAGCUCUGGAGUCUAUUGCCAUGAUAUGCAAGAGGGAGGGACCAGAUAAAUUUCCAAGCACAGGUCAAUCCAGGACUGAGGACAUGGUGGGGUGUCCUGGAGAACUCUAAUGCUGAUGGGCUGGGCUGACUUUGGAAGCAGAUUAAGGGCAGCUUUCAUUACAGGCUUAGGCAGCCUGUGGUGAAGUGCAUUGGUGAAGAUGCUCCUAGGUCCUUGCAAAGUACAAGAGUGGGUCAGAUUUCAUCCUUGCUGAGAACUCGAGCAAUGUAAUUGUGCUGUCCUGCACAAAGCAGGAUUUAGCUUUAUUACUGACUGACCAAGGUCAUAGGCAGACUGUUGUCAUUGCACAGAGCAGACAGCUCUUCCUUAUUUUACAGGUGGAUCAGACUCAGGUACGUGAAUGAGUUAAUAGUACAGGUGGGUGCAGGGACAUCUCCUGUGAUCACUGGACCCUGCUGCCCUUCUUGCCUUCCAUUAAAGUUCUGUUUGGCCUCUGUAAGAGAGCUGUGUUAUGCUGUAUCAGAAUUAACCUUAAUGGUUUUCUGUUGCAGUUUUAGAAACUUUAUAUUGGUCUUGAAAACAUACCAGUGAAGAGUUUGCAGUAGUUUCAUUGUAAUUAGGUAUCUCUUUAAAGUCGCCUUAAGCUGUGUUAUUGAAACAAAAUCUUUGUGCCCAGUAUUCCUCAAACAAGCCUUCCACAGGGGAUUGCAUUUCACCAUGUGUAUUCCAUGACACCAGAGGGUGUGCAGCCCAAAUACUGUGUGCCUAUGGCAUCUGAAAAACAUUGCCUUGCAUUGCUAAGAGGUAGGAAAAGAGUGAAUAUAGCCUGUUUCUUCUGUCUUCUGUGUCAGUCACUGUCAUAUAUGUACAUAUAUAUAUAUAUAUAUUAAAAAGAUACUCUUUCAGGAUGUAUAUAUUAAUGUAACUUUUGCAUUAAGAUAAUCCAUUUGGACUUUACAAAAAAAAAAAGGAAAAAACAUUCUUAAUGGUGUGAUGUUUUCCCUUCUAGCUAAGGGUGUAUUUAUCUUUGUAUAGGAAUCUUCUAGUUUUUGAGAACACAACUUAAAAGGAGAUGGUGCCUUUCUGUUUGAGUGUUGAUUGGAAAAGCUGUUACCUGCAUUUCUGGGUGUUGUUACAUAUCAUUUUCUAGAGAUCCAAAAAGAGCAACAAGUCUUGUCUUCCUCUUCAUUGUUACUUGUGAGGACCACUGAACUUUGAGGACUGCAGCAGUUCAGUAUCUUGUUCCAAAAAGGUGCUCUAAAACUUGGAGUGACUCAUCUUACUCCAAUUUUCUGGUUUGUAGAACAGGUUUGCCAGGCUGGUUUCUUUGGAAAUUGCUGUAGUAUCACACAGAAAUUGUUUAUGAUGUGUCACUUCUAGUGUGUUAAUACAGCAUUACGCUGCAUUAUUCAGUGGAAUCUUUUGGAAAUGUGCUGAUGAAAUUAAAUAUUUCAUUGAAAAUCCUGCAGCUUGUAUGGCUGAAGUUAAAUGUUCAUCCAAUACCACGUGAUAGGGUUUCUUCUCAGUAGCAGCUAAAAUUGGAAUUGAUCAUACUAUUAUUUGCAAUUGUUCUUAACCUUUUAGUUUGAUGUUAGUCAUCCAAGAGCUUUCCUUUCUACUUAAUAUUAAAACAAAUGGAUAUUAUUUCAAAGAUUCAUUCUUACAAAAGUAAAAUCCAAUUCAAGUUUUCUUGAAGAGCCAAAUUCUGUUUCCACAUCUGUACUGAAUGAUAACCACUGUAUUGAGUAGUUGUCGGUGCAGUUAUUAAUAUAUUUGAACAAAAGAAUUUGAAGGAUUGACUACUUGAGGUAAAUGAAGGCAUGUUGGAAAGAAGGUCAUUUAAAAAUAAACAAAAUUCAGGAGCUUCAAGGCUGAAAUCAGAGUGCUGUGUAUUUAAAAUGAAGCCAUUAGUGAUUGUGCUUGAUAGUAAUCUGAAGUUCCUUGUAAGGCAAAUUACCGUUUACCUCUGUGGUAUUGCAAAUGGAAAAGUGACAGUAAUGCUUUUUAAAAAAGCCUGUGAAUAAUUUUCUUGGCUCUUGUCUGCAGUGACAUAUACAAAAACACUGACUGCAUUGCAAGUUUUAAAUAACUCUGCAUUCCUUCCUCCUCUGCUUUUAAGCCAAAUAAGUUUUAUUUACACCACUUCACUUUGAUACAGCUAAUAGGGCCCUUGUGAUAGAUUUAGAAACUAAGUGGAGGAAAGAGAUGACUCUCACUUUAAUUAAUGCUGCAGCUUGUUAAUCUUGUGCUCUUUACUUUUAGACAUCUUAGCAAAGACAAAUGGUUUUAGUAGAUAAGGAAAACUAUUAAUGAUAAAAAGGAUGGAGGGACACUGAUUCUGAUUUUUAAUGAAUAUUUAAAAUUGUAUAAAUGAAGAAAAAAAAUUAACGCAGUUUUUUUAAUGUGGUGUUCAAAUGAGAAAUACUGUUUUUAACUGUUGCUUAUUGGAAGCUACUUUGCAUAUAAUGCCUGGAACUAAAAUAGUAAGUCAAGGGCUUUUCUUGCAGUUCUUACUGGAUCUGCAGUAUUUUUUUUAUUAACUCAAGGUUAUAUUACACCCAUGGACUAAAAUAUGGACUGCAGGAAGAAUUUCAAUACUGUGCUGGAUUCUGCCUGAAUGUAUCCCAGUACAGGACUGUGGCCUUCAUUUGUCUUUUUCUUAUUUGAGGGGUUUUGUCAACUUGAAAUGGAGAAGUUACUUAAAUGCUUUAAGGGAGGUUGUAUGUUGAAAGCCAGCCUUGUCUUAAACUUUUGUAAACUGGAAAUCUUCAAAAAUGUAUUCUGUAUUCCUGAAUAAAAUUGGUGUUUUAAUACUGUUCACAAGUGAGCAUGUUCCCUGUCUCAUAAAGUCACGGUUGUUCUAGUUUUAUAGCCUCCUGCAUGAGGCUUCUUACAACUUCUUUUGCAUUCCAUGUUAAGUUUUGUUAACUCUUUGUGGGUUUUAAAUAUAUUUUUUAAACAAAGUCAUAUUGGAAACUCACAUGUACCUAUGUGUAUAAAAAUCUACUGAUCUGUGUGUCUCCAUAUUUAUACAAAUGAAAAUUGUUAAUAUCU